AGUCUUGAAUAUAUUUUAAAUCGUCUAUUUUUACAUUGAUACACGAUUCAAGUCGGACACAAAUAAAAAUGGUGGUUCAAUAGAUUAGAUUUCUCUGAUCAAACUGUUUAUUGAAAUAACACGCGAACCUAUAUAAAAGUGUACAAGAAAUAGCAAACUUUUUUAUAUUUUAUGUCAUUGUUACUAUAAAUCUGGUGCGAUUACGUGGUGCGUUGGAAAGAGUUGUGUUUGACAAAUAACAGGUUGUCGGAGACACCGAUUUCGCUACAGUUUUGUAUCCAAUGUGUUGUUUUUUAACUGCAAUAAGUUUGUAUGCUGUACCGAUAUUCAAUUCAUUAAGAAAGUGAAUAUUUUAACCAUGAUUAGUUGAGUUUAGUGGGAAGAAAGUUAACCAAAGACUUGGAAGUAAACUGGGCAACUGUUCUAUUCAAUCAGCAUGUGACCCAAAUCUGAGAUUUCUCUUCUUUGUGUUCUAUUGCUGGGUUGAUGUUAAUACAGUGAAACGUUAAAUAUAUCGAGAAGAAGUAUACCGGGUGGCGGUCGGAGCGGCGAUCCUCGGCAAGGACAUGAUAUUUUAUGAACUUGUCACGGUUGACUACCUGUACAGCUCAGUGGGGGUCAGGUGCACUACGCUGAAUAUCCCCAGUUUUAAAAACAUUCACUGAAGUUCAGUUACUCGAAGAUACUUAUCAACACUGAAUAAAAAUACACAAAUAAGAUUGCUGUGGAUACAGAGAUAACAUAGAUCUGUGUUUAUCUGAGAUGUAUGUAAACACAUACAAGAGUAUGAAACAAGUGAAAAGCAUUGUGCUAAAAUGAAGAUCAGCUGUAAAUAUCCAGUAUUGAGCCACAAAGAGUAGGACAAUGUUGCAAAAUGGCUCAUUCUGAAAAUCACAGAUAUAUUGUGCAGGUGUAUGUGGGAGCACUGUCCCCUCACUACGAGGCCUUGUCGGUGGAAGCUUCGAAGCAGACCAGCUCUGAAGAAAUUGUCUGCUGUAUCACUGACAAACUUGGCUUGACCAAUGGAUCCGGCGGACCCUAUGAAUUGGCCGAGGUGGUGGGGGACAUGCUCAGCGGCGAGUGCAAGGAGCGCCGACUCGGGCCCAAUGAGUCGCCCGUCGCUGUCAUGCUGCUGUGGCCCCACAACACCAGUUCAGGACAGUACUACAGAUUUUAUCUUCGCGAGAAGAUUCCCGACGAACCAUGGAUGGAGAACUUCUCGGUGGACCCGCAGCUGAUAAAGGAUUACUUCCAGCGAUUCCUGUAUCAGCCGAAAGAUCGCGAGUAUCCCGACCUCUGUCAGCUGCCGGAGCUCAACGAACAGACGCUGCUCGAUAACUUGAGGGCGAGGUUCUCGGCCGGCUACAUCUACACAUAUGUUGGAUCCAUAUUAAUAGCACUCAACCCGUUCAAGUUUUACCCGAUCUACAAUCCGAAAUAUGUGAAGCUAUAUCAGAACAAACGGAUAGGAGGGUCCAGUCUUCCUCCUCACAUAUUUGCAGUUGCCGACGCCGCAUAUCACUGUAUGCUCCGAGAGCGAACUAAUCAAUGCAUAGUAAUCAGUGGAGAUGGAUCAGGAAAGACUGAGAGUACGAAUUUUCUUCUACAUCAUCUGACAGCUCUGAGUCAAAGGGGUCUCAUGGUAGCGGGAGAACAAACAAUACUGAGUGCUGGUCCAGUGUUAGAAGCAUUCGGUAACGCGAAAACUGCCCAUAAUAAUAAUUCCAGUCGGUUUGGAAAGUUCAUCCAAGUUAAUUACAAAGAGAAUGGCAUGGUGCAUGGAGCCGUUGCAAAAUAUUUGCUGGAAAAGUCACGAAUAUGCAGUCAAGGUCGGAACGAGAGGAAUUAUCAUGUGUUUUAUUAUUUAUUGGCUGGUGCGUCGGAGCAGGAGAAGGAACAGUUGCAUUUACUCAGUGUGGACAAAUAUAAUUAUUUAUCGAGAACUGGUUGUAGUGAGGUGCCCGGUAUUGACGAACAGUAUGAGUUUUCGCGGUUAAAACAAUCUAUGGAGAUGGUGGGCUUCACGAUGGACAAGCAGCGGCGAUUAUUUGCUGUCCUGUCGGCCGUGCUGCUUUUAGGCAAUGUGGAGUUCCAACCGCAAAGGAAAUCCUACCACCACGACGAGGCUGUGGGCGUGCGGAACCCUGAAGUGGUGUCACUCAUAUCUUCACUGCUGCGGGUCAAACAGGAGACGCUCCUAGCUGCCCUCACGUCCAAGCGAGCCAGGGCUUCGGGGGAGACACUCGUUAUUAAUUACAGGUUGCCAGAAGCGAUAGCGACACGAGACGCUAUGGCCAAGUGCCUGUACGGUGCUCUGUUCGACUGGAUCGUGAUGCAGGUCAACCACGCUUUGCUCUCUAAAAAGGACACGCUUAGGGAACAUCAGGGACAUAGUAUAGGCGUUCUGGAUAUAUUCGGUUUCGAGGACUUCGGUCUGAGCAACAGCUUCGAGCAACUGUGCAUUAACUACGCGAACGAGCACUUACAGCAUUAUUUCAACCAGCACGUGUUUAAAUAUGAACAAGAGGAGUAUAAGAGGGAAGGCAUACCCUGGACGGAUAUAGGGUUCUCAGAUAAUACAGGGUGCUUGCAGCUCAUUGAGGGAAAGGUUAACGGACUGCUGUGUCUGUUGGAUGAUCAGUGCAAUUUCCCAUGGGCGACAAAUGAGACGCUACUACAGAAGUUCAACUCGGUGCAUGAGAACAACCCGUUCUAUGAGAAGCCACAGAGAAGAGAACCAGCAUUCGUUGUCAGACAUUACGCCGGCAGAGUCAAGUAUCAGGUAACAGCAAUGCGUGAGAAGAAUCUAGAUCUGAUGCGGCAAGACAUCGUCAGCGUACUGAAGAACUCUUCACUAGCAUUCGUCAGAGAGUUGGUUGGAGUUGAUCCCGUGGCCGUCUUCCGUUGGGCUAUAGUGCGAGCUUUCUUUAGAGGUUACUUCGCGUUCCUGGAGGCAGGGCGGCGUCACCGCGUGCAGCGCGUGGACGGCGCCUCGCGCCUGCCCCGCGCCUCCAUACACGCUCCCAACGACACCAUCAUCAGCCAACUGGUGACAGUAUCGUCAAUCAAUCUUGCAAUCAACCGCAUUGCAGCGGGCCACAGAGCCGCCAGUAAGCCGCGCGAGGCGAGCCGGCCCGGCGAUAGUAAGCCCGCGCCGACGCGGCCGCUCGGGACCGCGGCAAAGGGCAAAACAUUACAGAAUCGCCGAGACGCGCACGCGGCGGGCGGAGCGCGACGAGCGCUUCGACGACAGCGACGUCAUGCAGCGCGCCAGCCAGAUCGUCAUCUGCUGGGUGGCCAGCCAAGGAAAAACAAGUCGUUUAGGCCGAGAGAGCGAGCGAAAAAGGGUUUAAAGAAUCUGCAGAGUGUGAAAACAUUAGCGGGGCGGACAGCGGCGCCGGCGGGCAAGCGAAAACAGCCGCAAACUGUCGCCGCGCAGUUCCAGCACUCGCUGUCCGCGCUCAUGGACACAUUGAACCAGGCCAAUCCGUUCUUUAUAAGAUGCAUAAAAUCGAACGGCGAGAAAGUCCCGCACGUUUUCGACGAUGAAACCGUCCAGCGACAGUUACGAUACACGGGCAUGUUAGAAACGGUCCGGAUCCGGCAAGCCGGGUACAACGUGCGACUGACAUACGAGGAAUUUAUACAGUUGUAUAGGAUACUACUGCCGAAAGGACUGCUGAGCUCACAGACUGAUGUCCGACAUUUCCUAGCCACGCUCAAUCUCGAUAGGGAUAACUAUCAAUUAGGUGCAACAAAGAUCUUCAUGCGCGAAAGCGAGCAGACGAAGUUGGAGUACCGGCUGCACCAGCAGAUCAUGGCGUCCAUCAUCACCAUCCAGCGCUGGUUCCGCGCCGUGCUCGAGCGCAGGCGCUUCCUCGCGCUGCGCCGGGCUUCCGUCGUUAUACAGUAUUUUUGCAGACAAUGGCUAUCAGCUCGUCACGAGGCAGCCUUGCGCCUACAAGCGUGGUACCGCGGCGCUAGAGUUCGUUGCUGGGCGCGGAAACUACACCGAGGACUCAUUGCCUUCCAAGCCGCCGCCAGAGGGCACUUGUUACGCAGAGCCAUUUGUGCUAGAAGAGCCAUCGGGGAUAGUGAGCAUGACGGCCGCGCGCCGCCCGACAGUGUCACGCUCAGGCUCGCCAACAAGGAUCCGCUGUACAUCUUACGAACGGAUCAAGAAAACUCAAGGCAACUGAGAGCGACACAAUCAUUGCCGAUACCGAGGGUCGAGAAGAAACGGGAUAUCCUCAUAGAUACUAUAGAAAACACAAAUAUUCAAAAAGUGAAAAAGAGGGUGACCAAGACAGAUCCGCUAAAACAAACCAGCACAAGCCUUAUACCCAAAGAAACAAGCGAAUGUUCCACGGAGGAUGAACGCUGGAAUGUGACGGCUAACAGGUACCCACAAGCCGCGGUCACUCUGCCCAACAAGAUUACGCCCGAAGACUUGGCCGAUGAACUGCUGUGGUUGCGGCUCGAUCAGAACUAUCUCAUGACUGAAAAGGAUGCUAUUACUAAGAAAAGAGAAAAACGGGAGAAAGAGUUGGCGGAACUUUUGGAGACAAUAACAAGUAGCAGUGAAGAGUACCUUAGACAGAUUGGUAACUGGAAUCCUUCAGACAAUACGGAAACCAGUAAAACUGCUGCAAGACGCGGUUCAGCGGCUGUGUAUCAGCGCAGCGUGUCGAGCGCGACGCUGGAGGGCCGCGCGCUGCACUCGCUGCCGCCCGUGCGCCGCGACCCGCGCGCCGCGCAGCCGCCGCAGCCGCUCACCGCCACGCUCUCCGCCACGCUACCCGCCGCGCCCAGGACUGACACAGGUAUAUACAGCGCAGCGUGUCGGCGCUACUCGCUGCCGCCCGUGCGCCGCGACCCGCGCGCCGCGCAGCCGCCGCAGCCGCUCACCGCCACGCUCUCCGCCACGCUACCCGCCGCGCCCAGGACUGACACAGGUAUAUACAGCGCAGCGUGUCGGCGCUUCACUCGCUGCCGCCCGUGCGCCGCGACCCGCGCGCCGCCGCCGCCGCAGCCGCUCACCGCCACGCUCUCCGCCACGCUACCCGCCGCGCCCAGGACUGACACAGGUAUAUACAGCGCAGCGUGUCGGCGCUGCACUCGCUGCCGCCGUGCGCCGCGACCGCGCGCCGCGCAGCCGCCGCAGCCGCUCACCGCCACGCUCUCCGCCACGCUACCCGCCGCGCCCAGGACUGACACAGGACACAGGUAUAUACAGCGCAGCGUGUCGGCGCUGCACUCGCUGCCGCCCGUGCGCCGCGACCCGCGCGCCGCGCAGCCGCCGCAGCCGCUCACCGCCACGCUCUCCGCCACGCUACCCGCCGCGCCCAGGACUGACACAGCAGGCAGCGCGGAAUCAGUGAGUAACGCAGAGGGCGUAGCCCGGCGCCGCCCGCGUACCGCCCGGCGGUCACCGCGGCGCUCGUCCCGCGGCCCGCCGCCAGACAUCAUCGUCGACGCCUCGCUCUCUCUGCACGACCAUGACAUUAAACGAGCGGCAUCAGAACAAAUCAGCGGUUUAGUAGCGGGCGCGGUGCCGAGCGCCACGGUGUCGGCGGCGGCACUGCGGCGCCGCAACUCCGACCCAGCACCCGGAGACGUGAGGCCGCUCGACCCGCGAUCCACUGAUUUUAUAGGGCAAACAGGGAAUGGACUCUUCCGGAUUGCUGGCCACAGGUUUCGCAAAGGCACGCGAUUUGCGAAAGGAGACAAAUGUGUGUACUGCCAUCAAGCGAUCGACGCAUUCAUUACUCAAGGACAACGAUGUAUCGACUGCAAACAGCUGUACCAUACAAAAUGUAUACAAAACAAGGGCGUCAUCACCAUGCCGUGUUCCAGCCCCGUCACAGUCGCCAACAGAGGCCGCCACAAGAACAGAAAGAGAAUCAUUUCCAACUCAAUUAUAAUUUAUUAGAUAACUCAAAGUUCGGUCAGUUCCAACUUCAAUCUGACGGGAACUUCGGAGUUUAUGGAUAGAACAGAUAAGAUUAUAUCAGACGCGACUGAACUACAAGCAAUGCAGAAUUUCAUUACAGAGAAGAUUUACGAAAUGGAACCGAAUGAGAAGAAGAAACAGUCAGAGGUUGACAGGGUAUUCAAACACGCACUAUUAGAAUUCAAAGACAACUUAGUAGCGACAUACAGUAUCGUAGAGACUCGGGGGUCGGCGCUCAAGUACAAAGAUCUCAUAGGGAACUUCUUACACGUUAUGGAAACCGUGUGUGCCAGGGAGGGGUCCACGUUAUCUAUUACGAUGGGGUCAACGCCUUUGGGGUUCAUGGACGAAUUUAUGAGCCAACACGAAACGGAUAAAGCGAGAACGAAAAGAAAAAGGAUAAAAAGAAAGGUGGACGACCCCAUACAAUAUAAAGGUCAUACAUUCAUUUUGUCUAUGAUCAACAUACCGACGGAGUGCGAGAUCUGUAAAACCUUCUUCAUGUGGCCCAUAGAGCGGUCACUCAUAUGCCAGACGUGUAAACUUGCCUCACAUAAGAAAUGUUAUACUAAGGUGUCGACGUUAUGUCGUAAAGAAAACCAGACGCCAUCGGCCGCGAUAGUAGGUGCCGUGGACGCGGGCGGACGAGAACAAAUGGGCGUUGUUACCAGAGGAAAGGUGUUUGGAAUACCUUUAGCAGACCUACCGACUGGAGAAAGCAAUAUUCCCAUAGUAGUGGACAGACUGAUCACCACGAUAGAAAUGACUGGCCUUUACACUGAAGGCUUGUACAGAAAGAGUGGACUUAGUUCUAAGGUACGCGAGCUGCGCCGCUUGCUGGACGAGUCCCCGGAGGCGGGCGCGGACCGGCUGGACGCGUACGCCGUGCACGUGCGCGCCUCCGUGCUCAAGACCUUCUUCCGCGAGCUGCCCGAGCCGCUGCUCACCUUCGACCUCUACGACGACUUCAUACGUGCCGCGCAGAUCUCUGACCCACAGGAACGAGUAUCGACAAUAUUCACGAUAUUGAGAAAGUUGCCGAAACCAAACUUCGAUCUCGUUGAGAGGUUAAUAUUCCACUUAGCGAGAGUGGCUCUUGGAGAAGAGCACAACAGGAUGGGUCCGAACGCGCUGGCGAUAGUGUUCGCGCCGUGCAUCCUGCGCACGCACAAGGUGCAGCCGGCGCAGGCCUCGCUGCACGACAUCGCGCGCCAGACCGCCUGCCUCGAGGCCAUCCUCGUCGACAAGAUGCGCACCGUCCGCGGCAUGCUGCAGGACAUCGCGACGCUGGACACGGCGUGCCACACGGCCACGUCGCGCCUGUCCACGCUGCGCUCGCACUCGCUCGCGCCGCGCGAGGAGCAGAUCCUCGUCGGACACAUCCACGAGAUACAGAAGGAGAAGGCCAUCCUCACCUCCAACCUGCCCACACUUAUCAGAGCAACGUCAGACGACGACCUGCUGUCGACGACAGACCACGACGGCGAGCUGGGCAGCACGGACGACCUGAGCACCGGCGCCAGCUCCAUCCGCUCGCAGCGCCUGCUGCACCGACAGCUCUCCUCCGACGACCCCAUCAUGGUGUAGCCGCCACGCCAGCCACCACGCCAGGACCACACAUCAUCAUACGGAUAAUGACCGAUUCGUAGUCACAAACAAUCGGCACCCAACGAGCAAAAAUGUCCACGUUUUGCCAUUUACAAAACUGUUGUCAAACAAUGCGCCAAAACAUAAGUUUCGCAUUCCCAAAUCAACUCACAUUCCUGACAACGUAUAAAUAAAUUAGAUACAAUGUUCCUGUGCUUGUUCCUUCACAUUUUUAAAUUGUAAGGACGCAAUCGAAUGUUACAUUACUGUUAAGUUUUAUGAAACGGACCGUGAAGUAUUUAUUUUAUAUUUACGAGCUGUCCCCCUUUCUAAAUGUUAGUGACGAAGUAACUACUUAUAGCCAUCGAUGUGAAGUAAGCAGAUUGUUCAUGGUUUAUCGUGUACUACAUCUGUGCUGUGUAACUGAGCUCUGUUUAGACGAGUAUACAUGUGCUAGCAGUAGUGACUCACGGCUACUGUAGAUAUUGUCGUAGCCGCUGUACUCUGUACUUAGACGUAGUGAUGAGCUUAUUCUGUAAGUCAUAAGUCGCCGCAACAUCAAUGACUGCCCAAACAAGUGAUGUAUGAUGAAAAUGAUAUUUUUUCGUACAUGAAAAUAUUUACACCCGUCUUUGCACUAAAAUAUUUUAUGAUAUAUUUUCCCUGUGUAAAUAUGUAAAUCUUGUCUAAAGGUGAUUUUAAAAUUUAUAGCAAUGUCGCUCUUCUGUCAAUAGUUGGAUAAAUAAAUGACAUGUGACUGUAUUUUUCAAAAUUUUCAAUUAGUAAGUAGUUUAAAUCUUGUUGGCUCUCGAUUGUUGAGUGUAUUCAUUCCAUUUAAUUUAAUGCUUGUAAUAGGCAGGCAUGUCGCGGUUAUCCACUUGUUGAUACAGAAGAAUCAUUUAUUGUUGUUGUUCUGUUCAGUGUCGGGAUCAGAACUGACAGAAACACUGAAUAGCAAGAAGUCGAUAAAGGUACAGCAAGCGAUUAUCGACUAAAAUAUAUUGUUGUUCUAAAUUAAUUGGUGACACGCCAAUCCAAAGACAUCAUUAAAAUGAGGUUUAGAAUUACGUUUUGUGAUCUACUACUGUGACUAGGUAAUUAUCAUGUUCAAUUCCAAACUAUACAAGGUAUCAAUUAAUUAUUUUUAAACCAAAAUUUUUAACUAAUUUCUUUACGUCGCAUUGGAGACGAGUUUAAUUGAAAUCUAUUUUAACAAUUUGUAUAUUGUAUGUGAAUCAAAAAUGAAUGUUUUGUGAUCCAUUCAGACCUUAAAAAUAUAAGUUAUGUUUUGACAUAUUUCUAUGUUAAAUAUUAUUGCCUGAGUACUUAUCGUUGUUACAUGUCCGACAUGUAAUGCUUAUUUUAUGUAAUAUUUAAAUAUAACACAAACACUUCCUCUCGUAUGGUACUUGGCUCUCAGCAGGAUUGUUAAGUUUCUACAAUAAGCUAAUACGAUUAAACCAUUAUCUAAAAAUUAUCAUAAACACCAUGUACCUUGCCUCUAUCUUAAUUUGCUUUCAUAUUCUAAAAGACUGUCUUAAAAUAAGCUACUGAAUUUAUUGUUAAGUCACAAAUAUUUUACCCGCUUUUUAUUAAUUAGUUGUAACAAUUUACUAUACAAACAACGAAUUACUCUGUGACAACUUGUAUUGUUUGUAAGCCUCUUGUUUUAAUUAUCGUCUGUGGACAUACUAAAUAGCUCAAUAUUUAUGAUGGACUGUUUUAACAUAAACUAACUAUUUAUGUAUAAAGCUAAUUAGCUUACAAAAUAUCAGUAAGUAACAUUUUAAAGCCACAAAAUUUGUUUGAAUCUCACAGUUGAUACUGAGGUGUACCUUUUGAGCAAUUUACAGAGAACAGAAAGCUAAAGGAAAACUAUUUUAAGACUUUUUGCAUUUGUUGAGUAUUUAAAAUUAAACAACCAUUUAAGCGUGCAUGUCUCAUCAAGGUGCCGAACAAAUACUAUAUUUUUAUGUAAAAAAAAUCUUGAUUCUCUUUUAUUGGGGUUGUGUCGCAGUAAUCUAGUGUACUUUCUGUGCCUUCGUCUAGUUUGCUUUCAGCAGUCUCUAACUAGGCUACACUCGUCUGAAAGUCUAGCUAUUGUUGUUGAUGGUUGACAUGUAUUAGCAUUCUUGUAUAGCGUUGUUAGCGUCAACAUUUAUAUUAGCCACGUACAUUCAACAUUGUUUUGACGUAAUUUAAAUAUAAAUGUGAUUAGGUCUCGAUAGCAUAUUCGUAUUAGUCUGUUUUCCGAGCUCCAAUUUCAGCGAACAUACUCAUAAUCAUAAUUUUAAAGUAAGUUAUUUUACAAGAAAAUAUUAAUGAAUGUGCAAUGUGGCUACAACUAGGGAUUUAUUGACACUUUAGAAGUGUAUGUAGAUAUUCGCCCGUUCUGUGUAAGGUUUAUGUAAAUAAUUUAUUAGUUACUAUGUCUUUAGUGAGGUACUAUUUUAUCUUAAGAACUGCUACAGUCUUUGCCACUGUUUAUUUGUGAAAGUGCCUAUCAGUCUAUUCAGUUAACAAUUUGGUGCAUUAUAUAAUUUGGAUUGUUGCAUUUUUAUGGUAGUUUGUUGUUUCAAGUUGAUCAUCAUUGGAAAUUAUUAUCUAAAUUGUGUGUGACAUCACAUUUUAUUUUUCUGUUGCCAAUUUCCACUGUAACAGUUAAGUUUACUAAUUCCCAUGUAUAUGGAACUGAAGUUAAGAAUUUUAAGAUAUUAGUUGGAUAUUUCAUUAUGGAACACAUAACUGGCAUGUGUUUAUUCAACCUGUAAUUGUAUUUGCUAUAAGGACCAAUAAUAAGCUGUUUACACAUGGUCGUUUUAUAUACUUGAUGUCAUUUGACUGUGAACUUUGUCCUACAUGUUAAUCAAUAAUGAAUCUUGUAUCAUAUAAACAUGUAUAUUGUUCAACUAUUUUUAGGGAUCCUAUAAUGUGUCAAUAUAAAUGAAAUGUAACCAAAACAUUAUACUGUAUACAAAAUAUGAAAAUAAAAAAAAAGAAUAAUGAGAUAAA